UUUCAAGAUGUCAGCCCCCAUGAAAAUAAAGCCAACGUAAAUAUUGAUAUAAAUUUGCACGAUUUUUCAAUAAACACAGAAUGGAUGCAUAUCGAGAAAAUUUAAGGAAAGUAAAAGAAGAAUUGACUGAAGUAGAAGUUUUAUUACAAGAUUUAUUAGAUAGACAGUCAUCUUUAUUACAGCAAAAAGACUCACUAGAAAAAAUACUGCGUGAACAUAGUGAAUCUUCUAAACAAGAUACAGCUACAGACUGGAAUAAAAAUGAUUUUUCUUGGUCUUCUGAUUUAGACAAUAAACUGAAAUCUGUGUUUAAAUUAGACAAAUUGCGUGCCAUGCAGCUGCAGACUAUGAAUGUUACUUUAUCUGGUAAAGAUUGUAUGUUAAUAAUGCCGACAGGUGGCGGCAAGAGUCUGUGUUUUCAACUUCCAGCAGUUGUAUCUAAAGGCAUAACUCUAGUUGUGUCACCGUUGAUUUCCCUAAUGGAGGAUCAGCUCAUGGCGCUGGAGGCCUUAGACAUCCAUGCCACAACUCUCAAUUCAUCUACCACUACUGCCGAAGCUAAAAGCAUCUUCGAUGCCAUGACCAAUCCUAAAGCCACGUUAAAACUGUUGUAUGUUACACCAGAGAAAUUAGCCAAGAGUAAAAGAUUUAUGAAUAAAUUAGAAAAAAUGUAUCAAGUGGGAAGGUUCGCUAGACUUGUUAUAGAUGAAGUACAUUGUUGUUCUCAGUGGGGACAUGAUUUCAGACCAGAUUAUAAAUUUUUGGGAAUCAUGAAACGUCAAUUUCCUGAAGUACCAAUACUGGGUUUAACUGCUACAGCGACUGUCAAUGUAUUAGAGGAUGUUAAAAAGAUAUUAAAUAUACCAAAAUGUCAGCUGUUCCGAGCUUCCUUUAACCGUCCAAAUCUUUAUUAUCAGGUUCGACCAAAGCCAGCCACACAAGUUGAAGCUUUAGACGAAAUUCAGAAAAUUAUUCAAAGUCGGUUCAAUGGUCAAUCAGGUAUUGUAUAUUGUUUCUCAAGAAAAGAUUCUGAAGAAGUGACGUCGGGGUUGCAGAAACGUGGUAUACGAUCUGGAUGUUAUCAUGCCAAUUUGUCAUCACAGGAAAGAAGUAGAAUACAUCAUAUGUGGAGUACUGGACAAGUUCUGGUUGUAGUGGCUACAAUAGCGUUUGGAAUGGGUAUUGAUAAACCUAAUGUUAGGUUCGUUAUUCAUCACUCAAUCAGUAAAUCUAUGGAAAAUCUUUAUCAAGAGAGUGGGCGUGCCGGUAGAGAUGAACAGAAAUCAGAGUGUAUUGUAUUUUAUCGUUUAGCUGAUAUAUUUAGACAGAGUACAAUGGUCUUUACUGAACAGACAGGGUUAAAAUGUUUAUAUGGUAUAUUAGCGUAUUGUCUAGAUUCUAAAAGGUGUAGACGGUCGAUGAUAGCUCAACAUUUUGGAGAAUCGUGGGACGCCAGUCAAUGUGAUGGCAUGUGUGACCACUGUGAUCUUAACUCAAUAUAUACAUCCACUACUAUUGACAUUACGAAUCACUGUAAAAAUGUUCUGGCUAUAUUAAAACAAGCCAGCGAAACAGAUCAACGAGUCACUGCCUUGAAACUUGUGGACUCCUGGUUUGGCAAGGGUCAAGCCUCGCUAAAAGUGAAGGACAUUAAAGUGACAACUAUAUCUAAGGAGAAAGCUGAUAUUAUUAUAGGGUAUAUGUUACUAAAUGGAUAUUUAAAGGAAGAUUUCCACUUUACAGCAUACACUACAAUUAGUUAUAUAUUACCAGGUCCCAAGGCAAAUUUACUGUUGAAUGGAAAUCGUCAGAUCUCCUUUGAUUUCAAAGUAAAGGCAUUGGGUGCAACAAAAACACCCAAAUCAUCUCAGGCAUCCACAAAAACACCCAAAUCAUCCAAAGAAUCCCCAAAAACACAUUUGUCAUCCAAUUCAACCAUGUCACAAAAACUAUCUAAAGAAUCAACUUCCAAGCAAACACUCAAUUCGUCAGCAACCAUUACUUCCUCAAGCCACAACAAUGGUAAUCUUGGAAAUGUUAAAUCGGGUAAAACAGAUCUAGAGACACUGAAUAAAAAACCUAAAUUAGUUGUCAUCAACAGAGAGAAUUCCCAGCUCAGUUCCUUUACAACUGAUCAUGUGUCACCUAACAAAACAAAGAGCAACAACUCUAAGAGCUUUCAUUCUAAGGGAAAUAACUCUAAGAUUAAGAAGCGAAAGCCUGUGAUUAGUGAUAGUGACAGUGAUGGUUUAGACUUCGGCGAAUUAAGUCCACCUAAAAAGAAAGCUUUUAAAAAUGAAAGAUCGAAAAAUAAACCUAAUUCACAAGAUGAGAAGAUUGUUAAGGGAAGUAACUCUGUUUCAAAACAAGUGGAAACUGGUGGUUUAAGUGUUAAUGGUUCAACAGACAGUGUUCCUAUAUGUAUUGGAAAUUCAGAUUCAGACUUUGAUACAUAAAA